CUCUCCCCCCUCCGCCGUGGCGGGGUGCGCGCGCGCUGAAGGGCGCGUCCGUGCGCGGAAUCAAGAGAGGGAGCGCGAGAGCGAGCGGCAGACUGCAGCACAGCUCAUUCAAUUCUCAUCCAGACACCGACUCACUCAGAGAGACACAGCCAUGGCCUCCGGAGUUACAGUGGAAGAGAAUGUGCUGACUAUCUUCAAUGAGAUGAAGGUGCGCAAAGCACAGGCCAAUGAAGAGGAGAGGAGGAAGAGGAAGAAGGCUGUCCUGUUCUGCCUGAGCGAUGACAAGAAGAAAAUCGUCAUGGAGGAAGGCAAUGAGAUCCUGCAGGGAGAUGAAGGAGAUCCCUACCUCAAGUUCGUAAAGAUGCUCCCCCCUGAUGACUGCCGCUACGCCCUGUAUGAUGCCACAUAUGAGACCAAGGAGACCAAAAAGGAGGACCUUGUUUUCAUCUUCUGGGCCCCAGAAAGUGCUCCUCUAAAGAGCAAGAUGAUCUACGCUAGCUCCAAGGAUGCCAUCAAGAAGAAGUUCACAGGUAUCAAGCACGAGUGGCAAGUGAACGGUUUGGAUGACAUCAAAGACCGAAAGACCCUUGCUGAGAAGCUUGGGGGAUCAUCAGUGGUCACUCUUGAAGGGAAGCCUCUGAAUGAUUGAGGCCAACGCUUUUGAGGGGCAUAGCUGUUCAUUCCAACGUUGGUAGGGCAGGGGCUUAGCAGGAUUGUUUGCAGGGCUGGAGGGUGGGUUCUAGUGGGAGGGGAGGGUUGGGUUACAGUGACAGUUUCCAAACACCACAAGAUGUAGGCUGUCAUUCCAGUUCACACGUACAAAGAACAAAACACAAAAGAAAAAAAGAUCUUUAAAAAAGAAAUUAAAAAUUGAUGAAGGAUGAUGACUAUAAAAACAAAAUAUUAUAACUGUAAAUGUGUGCAGACAGGUUUUUGUUCUUUCCGGGUUCCAUUAGAUUGCUUGAAGGAAAAGGCUGAGACAGAACAGCAACCAUUACAAUUCAGCUAUUGAAUCUACAAAAUACUGUUCAUACUUAAUUACACAAUGAACUUUGUUUUUGUUUAUUUUAUUUUUUUUUUUGCCAAACUUCUAGUUAAGUUUUCUAAGUAUGUGUGUAGUUGAGAAUAGGUGUAGUACAAAACAAUUUGCUCCAAGAGUGAUUGCACAAGAUGACCAUUUUUUGGGAACACAAUUACUCCCCUCCUCUCAUUUUUCCUUUCCUUUUCUUAUUGAAGUUCCAAAUGUUUUUAAUGAUUCCAGCUCUUAUUUGCAAACAUUUCCAAGUCUGAUUCAAAACCAUGGCACUGGUGUCAAGACGUUGAACACAUUCCUUAAACGUGUAAAAAUUCUGCAUUCUGGUGGCUCAGAUGUCUGCUGAUGAAUUGGAUUGAAUGAAGGAAAGAUGGGGAGCGAUGUAUUUGAACAGCCUGUGUACAGAGUCUUGAAGGAUAUUGGAUAGUGGAUGUUUUGUAUCGUCUCCUUAUCUCUAAUAAAAAAGGCACUAAACUACUCCCCGUUA